CAAGCAACUCACGUCACUAGCAACCGGCUUAAAAAAAACAAGUUGUCUGUGGUCCUUCUUCCAUAUUGAUCUUUUCAAAGAAUUUCCUUUUUGUGAAGGAAAUUUGAAAGACCAAGAUAUCUCACCACAAGGAUACCACAAUGCCAGAACUGACAGAGCUCGACAAGGCUACAGCCUCCAUGACCGAGAAGCGCAAGGAGGAGACCGCGUCCUCCGACAGCGACUCCGACGACACCAUCCCAGAACUCGAGGAUGCAGGAGCAGCUGGCGCCGGCGGCAUCACCAACCCCAUCGCGGGUAUCGACAUCGUGUCGAAGGCCAAACAGUCGCGCGGCGAGAAGAAAGCACGCAAGAUCAUGAGCAAACUCGGUCUAAAACCCGUAUCCGGCGUGAACCGAGUGACGAUCAGGAAGUCAAAGAACAUUCUGUUCGUAAUCAACUCACCUGACGUGUACAAGAAUCCUCACUCGGACACGUACAUCGUCUUCGGAGAGGCCAAGAUUGAGGAUCUGUCGCAGCAGGCCACUAUGGCCGCCGCGGAGAGGUUCAAGGCGCCAGAGAGUGCCGCCACUGGCAAUGACGCCGCAACCGCUGGCACGACGGUGGCCCCCAUAGCCGAAGAAGAGGACGAGGAGGGCGUGGACGAGUCCGGGGUGGACGAGAAGGACGUGGAGAUAGUGAUGUCCCAGGCCAACGUGUCCCGCGCGCGGGCCGUGCGGGCGCUGCGCAACAACCAGUCGGACAUCGUCAACGCUAUUAUGGAGCUGACAAUGUAAUCGGUGUAGUCACAAGAUUGUUCCUAGCUCUUAAGUCUGUUAACAUCGCGGCGGUGGCGAUUUCUCACGUUCCGCUGCUCUCUAUAAUAAUACGGACAGGACAUCGCUUACUAUUUCUGCCAAUAAACUUCGUUUUGGGCCCCCAGUGUUGCCACACGACAAUUUUGCACAAUUUGGUAGUAAUUUAAAGCGUUGCAGGGUAACACAUUCCCUUUGGCAUUGGGCAUCAGUAUUGAAACGAGUUUAGGAAUAGUAAGCGUUGCUCGAGUAACCAAAGUGGUCCCCUUAAUUGGUAAGGGGAAGGCGGUUUGAUAUAAUGGGAAUGUAUAUAGAAUAUUUACUUCGCAACAAUAAAAAAUGAUAACAGCA